CUAGAAGUGAAAAUUUUGUGAUUUAUUGAAGUUUUGUGUUUAUUUUAUUCCAAUUAUCAAUUGUUGGUUGUACUGUGCAUAAAACAGGAAGCAUAAGAUCCAUAUGAUUCAUAAGAACAUCAAGUGCAAUCAAGAAUAAGUUUAGAAGGAUCGAAAAAAAUCAAAUAAUAAAGUGACAGAAAUAAAACGCAGAUAUUAAUUAAAUAAUUCAUAAAAUGAGUAAACCAGCGGCUCAAUUAAGUGAUGUAGAGUUAAAGGAUCACGGCAAUAAGUUAUUUGCAGCCAGGAAAUAUGACGAUGCAAUCUCCUGCUAUAAUAAAGCAAUUAUUAAGAAUCCCAAUAAUCCAACAUAUUUUACGAAUCGUGCACUUUGUUACAUCAAAUUGAAGCGAUAUGAAGCCGCGUGUCAGGAUUGUCGAAGAGCUUUAGACAUGGAUAAUAAUUUGAUUAAGGGACAUUUCUUCUUAGGUUUGAGUCUUAUGGAACUUGAAGCGUUUGACGAGGCAAUCAAACACCUUCAGAGAGCUCAAGAUCUCGGAAAAGAACAAAAGCUUAAUUUUGGUGACGACAUAGCUAGUCAGUUGAGAUUAGCAAGAAAGAAGCGAUGGAACUUGUUAGAAGAAAAGCGAAUUCAGCAAGAAAUUGAACUACAGUCAUAUUUAAACCGUCUUAUUAAGAAAGAUUUAGAGGAACGAUUAGAGAAGCUUAAAAUUGACGAAAAUUUAUCGGACGACGGGAAGAAAGAAGCAGCUAAUGAUGCUGAACAGCAAUGUGAGAACUAUAGUACAGAACUUAAUAGUUUAUUUGCAAAGAUUGACGAUAGGCGCCGUAAACGUGAAGUUCCUGAUUAUCUCUGUGGUAAAAUUAGUUUUGAAAUUCUUCAGGAACCAGUCAUUACGCCAUCUGGCAUCACAUAUGAAAGGAAAGACAUUGAAGAACAUUUACAGCGAGUUGGACAUUUCGAUCCAGUUACGCGAGUACCAUUGAGUGUAGAACAACUCAUACCGAAUUACUCAAUGAAGGAAGUUGUUGACGGUUUUGUACAAGAGAAUGAAUGGUCACUUGAAUAUUAGAUUGAGAGAGAUUUAAUAGACAGAAAACAGAUUUAUUAUGGGUAACUGAGUAGUGUGCAAAAAAAGUUUCAUGAAACAUAUGUAUCCUAUGUAAAUAUUGAUUAUAAUCAUUAUUACUAUUGUCAUUAUAAUAUAACACUUUACGAAUUAACUUCUAAGAAAAAAAUAAAUUAUGAAGGAAG